CAAUCAGGGCUCCCUUCCAGUGUUGCCGGAUCCGGCGCCGGUUUAAAGUCCUUUUCAUGUAAGGAAUGGACGCGGUGGCCAAUGCUCUCGAGUCUUACCGGGGCCGUGACCGGCUAGUGCGGACCGUGUGCUACAGCUCGCGGCUGUUGGGCGGCCUGCUGCUGGCUCAGGAGGGAGGCUGCCCUGAGCUGGGCCGCCGACUGCUCCUGAUCGCACAAGAGCUCAGCAACUGCCGGGCGACGCUGCGGCUCUUCGAUGACCUGUCCAUGUUCUUGUACUCGCGGGGGUAUGGACUGGGUGGCACGGAGGAAGACAUGAUUGUGCGGUUGCUCUCUAUAACGGGAAAUCUGGUGGAUCAGCUCUACUACCCCUGCGAACACUUAGCCUGGGCUGCUGACUACAAAAUCCUGAGCAUCAACACAGAGAAGUGGUGGAUGCUCAGUAACACAUUGUGGAGUCUGUCUCUGGCACUGGGAGCUCUGCGAUCCUUCAGAAUUGUUCAGCUGCUGAAGAAGAAACUAAAGGGAAGCCAGAAUAAUGUUCACCUCAGAACAGGUGAAGCAAGCUGUGGGAGUAGACAGGCAUAUCAGACACGGAUGCAAGCGGAAAUUCUCAACAUCAUCACCUGCCUGGCUGACCUGACAAAUGCCAUCCACUGGAUGCCACGAGGAUUCUUAUGGGCAGGAAGGUUUCCCGAGUGGCUGGUGGGACUAAUGGGGACCAUUUCGUCGGUAAUCAGCCUCUACCAAAUGUCCUGCAGGAGCUGUACAACCAAGGACCCAUGAGGGGAGAGGCAUGCAAUUUUGAUUGGGUAACCUGGCACCCUAUCAGAUGGUGCGCUUAAUGUUUGAUCCAUUUUAUUGAUGUAUUUGGGAGACCGUCCUUUAUUUAUUGAGGGAGAGUAGCCUCCGUGCUGUCUCACGAAGCCGCAGACUUUACCACCUCCCCCUCAAUCGCACGUAGGCCGCCACAGCAGGGAACAGAAGCCCUAAGACCUUGUUCUGGGAAACUAUGGUUCUGCACGCAGGAUUGUCAUCAAUUGGCUUGUCCACUCUGAAGCUGACAAGGUAUCAUUUCACUUUCUUCCUGCCAAGCUAAAUCCAUCCAUUUUGGGCCCAACUUAGCGAUCUCCCAUUUCCCAUCCCACCCUUAUUGCUCAAAAUGUGGCCAUUUAUCGCAGCAUGCUUUUGCCAGUUUUCACACCCCAUUUUGAUUUUAAUCAGAGCCGUUUUUGGGAGUUUCCUUUACAGCAUCAAUUUACGUUUGGGAAUAAAAUAUGGAUUUCAAACUUUCUUGAACUAGUGUCUAAGAUCGUGCACCAGCACAAGGGAGAUCUAGAAUUUGACUACAACAAAGACAAAUUACUGCUGGAUGCUGGUGAUUGGAAAUAAAAGAUGAAAAUACUAGAGAAAUUUAGCAGGUUUAGUGGACAGCGAAACAAAGUUGAUGCUUCGAACCCAAUCCUCUUUGAAGAAGCGUCAACAGUAACUCUAGAAUUUGAUCUCUGCUCUUUCCCCAUCCGCAGCCCCAGCUGUGUGUGUGUGUGUGUGUGUGUGUGUGUGUGUGUUUUGGGACUCAGCUGUGAUAUCUUCAAUUUAUCAGCCCAAAUCACAGCAGAUUUGUGAAAAGUGUCCGCUAGAGGCCACCCUGACAUGGUUCUCUCCUUUUGGAGGAAGUGCAGUGAUAAAUAUUGGGUCCAACUAAAACUGGGCAAAUGUACAGAUGCAGUAACUUCAGUUCAUUCGUAACUCAUGGAAAAACAAAGAUUGAAAACUUGUGUUUGAAACAGCGCAUAGUCAGUUAGGUAAGACCACUUUCUUCUUUGGUGAAUUUUAUUGAUGAGACCAGCAGAGCCUGCUUUAUGCUAUCCUUCAUUAUUUCUGCGUCACUCUCCCAGGGACCCUCACUCCUGUGCCUCUCGUAAAAAGAAUUAAAUGUUAUUGGAACACAGCAACAAAACUGACAUUAAUUGUCAAACAGAUCUAGAAAAUGAUAACUCACAGUCAGAAAUCUAAACUACGGUGUAAAGUGUUGCAGAACAUUUUGAAAACUGCAUACUUAAAAAAACAAAUGCAAUUAAAGAAAAACUCUUUCAUGUUUCA